AUGCCUUUCGACUACCUAGGCUUCACUAACCGAGAAACAGUGCAGCAGGUAGAGCGCGGCUAUCGGAUGCCAAAUCCGAACACACCAAAACAGCCGUGUCCGGAUGAUCUCUACGAAAUCAUGAUGCAGUGUUGGUCAGCACGACCAGAGGACCGACCCACCUUCCACAACCUCUACGACAUCUUCGAUAACUGGGCCGUCCAGACGGAGGGCCAGUACAUCUCUGAUGGAGCGCAAAACACUUGA